AUUGAGGGAGUUUUCUCGGUUUCAGGCAGAAUGCUUACUUCCACAAUAAAUCUGGCCAAAAGAGUUCUUACGCUGGAAAAUAAAGUGAUUCGUUGCAAAUUACACAUGAAAUUUAUCAGUUGAUUUGUUUUAUAUAAAGUUUCCUUGACCAGGUUUUCCUCCAUAUUUUUCUAUGUUCCUUUCCAGAAAAGGAUUUGGUAGUAAUUUCUAUAGACAAUUCUGAAGAGAGACAGUCAAAAUCGGCGAAAUCUUGUUGCAUAUUGCAGUGCAUGCAAGUGUGCAAGUUGACCGUGUGUGCAAGUGUGCCGGGUGUGCAUAUGAAUUGCAAGAAGUUGUCUUAUAUGGCCUUAGUCGUGUCCGUGUGACAAACUUGAGGGGAAGCCAGCCAGCAACAACUGCCUGAGAUGGCGAGCCGAGCCGGCCAGGAGAAGGCACUGCGCCUGCUGCGCCACCUACCGCGCGUGGCGCUCAACAACAUCGACCACCCGAACCCCAAGCCGGCGAGCCGCCGGAAGCGCGGAGCCCACGGAGGCGAUACGCACGGCGCCGGCGACAAGGGCUCCAAAGCGCGCCAGCAUUUCGCGCGCGCCGGGUUUGAGGGCGGCCAGACGCCGUUCUACAUACGCAUCCCGCGCGAGGACCCGUACAAGGGGCACCACCUGAGGUGGGAAUAUCCGCCCGUCUCCCUCCACCAGCUGCAGCUUAUGGUGGACACGGACCGUGUGGACGCCGGCCGGCAGAUCGACCUCACCCAGAUCUGCAACUCGGGCCUGUUCCGACUGGAGCCUCUCCGCAGACAGUUUGGGUUCCAGAUCACUGAUGAGGGUAUGGACGAGUUUGUGACGCCGGUGAACCUGGAGGUGCAGUGGGCCUCGGAGCGGGUAAUCGCCGCUGUGGAGAGAGCGGGAGGCACCAUCACCACCGCCUUCUACGACAUGGCCAGUCUGCAGGCCAUGGUCGACCCCGAGAGAUUCUUCAAACGAGGAGUGCCGAUCCCUCGGCGCGCGCUGCCGCCCCAGGACGCCGUCGGCUACUACACGGAUCCGAGUACACGCGGCUACCUGGCCGACCCCGAACAGGUCGCUAGGCACAGACUCACACUGGCGCAGAAGUACGGCUACGAACUGCCCGAGGUCAAGGAGGGACCUCUGACGGAGCGCAAGGACCCGCGGCAGAUCUUCUUCGGCCUCGAGCCCGGCUGGCUGGUCAAUCUCACCGAUAAACAGGUGUGGCGAGUCAAAGACCCCGUCAUGAGCGAGUAUUUCCGCUCGUAGCCGCUCGCGGGAGUUUUCGUGCGGCGUGGCGGCGUCUGGAGACGUGGCCUGUACUCCGGCAGGGGCUGACGCGGAGAGUUUAGGUGUUUGUGAUUGUGCGUGAACGAUGGCUGGCGAUCGUCAAAGGUCGUCUGAAAUGGUGGCUGCAUGAUUGUAAGGCGUUCGUAUCGUAUGUGUGGGGAUCCAGCAGUGAGUACCUACUGAGCAUUGUUUUAUUGUUUGUGGUUAACUGCUAGCAUACAAAAGUCCGCUGUUUUUUGGGAAUGAAAGAUGACAGCGGCAUGGGUGAAACGAUGAUGAAUGUGUGCGGAUGAUUAGCUACGUUAACCAAAUAAAAACAAUCGUCUGCUGCUC